CUCGUGCUUCUCUCCGGUACAAUGGCGGCGGUUGCAGCGCCGUCCUUCGUGUUUUGUCGGGUUUUUGUCCGCGGAGCCGCAGCGGGAGAGUUAAUGAAGCUGUAAGGUGGAAACAGCAGCAGUUGGUGAACUCUGGGAAGAAGAGAAACGGUUUGAGGCUCCGCUGGAACCGCUCAGUAACCGUUAAAGGAAAGUUUGGAGAGAGAAAAGCUAGCAGAGAUGUGGAGACAGCAGGUCCAACAGCGACUGGACGCAGCGGAGCAGCAGAGACACGAAAUCCUGGAAGCUGCUUUCAGCCCCGAACAUCGGCUGCACACAUCAGAUGUUCUGCUGGUUAAAGAAGAACCAAGUCCUGAUCUGGACCAGAACCAUCCAGAACCUGUCCACAUAAAGGAGGAAGAGGAGGAACCCUGGAGCAGCCAGCAGGGGGCGCCGCCCAGCGUGAAGGAGGAGGCUGAGGCCUCCAGGUCUCCAGUCAUCACUGUUCUCAUAAAGAGCGAAGAUGAUGAAGAGGAGCCUCUCAGCCCUCAUCUUCAUCAAUCAGAAGAUGGAGAACUGCCAAGCAGCAGCAGCAGCUCAGCUCAGAAGAACCUGAAAACAGAAGCUGAGGGGGAGGAAGAAGGGGAGGAUGAUGAUGUGGAGCAGCCUGACUCAGGGGCUGAAACUGAAGACAGUGAUGAUGAGUGGAAGGAGAGCAGGAGUCCUGAGUCAGAGGCCAACAGAUCCCUGAGCUGCUCUGAAUGUGGCCAGCAGUUUAACAGCAAGCGCUCUCUUCAGACUCACAAUCAUUCAGCAGCGUCUUGUCGCUCAGCCAGUGAGGUCCAGGCAGAGCUGAAGCUGUAUGGUUGUCCUGACUGCGGUAAAUGUUUCAACAGGAAGGAUUAUCUCAACAAACACAUGAAAUGCCACACAGGAGAGAAACCCUAUAGGUGUGAUGUUUGUGAACAAAGAUUUAGAGUUAAGUCUAAAUUAAAUCGACACAUAAAAAUUCACACAGGAGAAAAACCAUUUAGUUGUGAGGUUUGUGAACAAAAAUUUAGAGUGAAAUCAAGUUUAAACAGACACAUCAGAGUUCACACAGGAGACAAACCGUUUAGCUGUGACUUUUGUGGACGAAAAUUUCGUAAUAAGUCUACUUUAAACAAUCACAUCAGAAUUCAUGCUGGAGAAAAAGCAUUUCUUUGUGAUGUUUGUGAACAGAAGUUCAGGUUAAAAUCAACUUUAAAAAGUCACAUGAGAGUUCACACAGGAGACAGACCAUUUAUUUGUGAUGUUUGUGGGCAACGAUUUAUCGGAAAAUCUGCUUUAAACCGUCACAUGGCAAUCCACACAGGAGAUAACCAUUUGGUUGUGAUGUCUGUGGGAAAAGAUUCAGUGAAAAUUCUCACUUAAACUGCCACAUGAGAAUCCACACAGGAGACAAACCGUUUAGUUGUGAUGUUUGUGAGCAAAGAUUUCGAUUCAAGUCAAAUCUAAACAGACACGUGAAAAGUCACACAGGAGA